GCUGUGACGUCACGGUGAAGUGGGAGGAGUUUGGUGUUAGAGUCGCGCUGAGCUUCCAGAAGCUGUCGCUGUUCGGGGCCCACUAGCGACUGAAACUUCACUGCCAAGAUGUCCGACGACGAGCAAGAGCAGACCAUAGCCGAGGACUUGGUGGUCACCAAGUACAAGAUGGCUGGUGAAAUCGCCAACCAGGCUAUUCGUCUGGUUGUGGAGACGGCCACUCCCGGGGUUUCGGUGCUCAGCCUCUGUGUGAAGGGGGAUGCCUACAUCAUGACUGAGACUGGAAAGGUCUUCAAAAAGGAGAAGGACAUGAAGAAAGGCAUUGCCUUUCCCACCAGCGUCUCAGUCAAUAACUGUGUUUGCCACUUCUCUCCCCUGAAGAGUGACCACGACUACACACUUAAAGAUGGGGAUCUGGUCAAAAUAGAUCUAGGAGUUCACGUUGACGGCUUCAUUGCCAAUGUUGCUCACAGCUUUAUUGUCGGAGCCAGUAAGGAGAACCCUGUCACAGGUCGGAAAGCGGAUGUAAUCAAAGCAGCCCAUCUUUGUGCGGAAGCAGCUCUCCGCCUCGUUAAACCUGGUAACCAGAACAAUCAAGUGACAGAAGCCUGGAACAAGAUUGCUCAGUCGUUCAAAUGUUCACCUAUAGAAGGUAUGUUGUCUCAUCAGCUAAAGCAACAUGUCAUAGAUGGAGAGAAAACAAUCAUUCAGAACCCGACAGACCAGCAAAGGAAGGACCAUGAGAAGGCAGAGUUCGAAGUACAUGAAGUCUAUGCUGUGGACGUCUUGAUAAGCACUGGAGAAGGGAAGGCCAGAGAUGCAGGUCUGAGGACCACCAUUUAUAAGAGGGACCCCAGUAAGCAGUACGGCUUGAAGAUGAAAACUUCCCGUAUGUUCUUCAGCGAAGUUGAACGGCGCUUUGAUGCCAUGCCUUUUACUCUCCGAGCGUUCGAGGAUGAGGCCAAAGCCCGUCUGGGUGUGGUGGAGUGUGCCAAACAUGAAUUGCUACAGCCCUUCAGUGUGCUUCACGAGAAAGAGGGAGAGUGUGUAGCUCAGUUUAAGUUCACAGUGUUGCUGAUGGCCAACGGGCCUCACAGAAUCACCAGCGGAACCUUCGAUCCAGAGCUCUACAAGUCAGAGCAUGAAGUUCAGGAUGAGGAGCUACGGACUUUACUACAGAGUUCUGCAAGCCGUAAAACACAGAAGAAAAAGAAAAAGAAGGCCUCAAAGACAGCAGAAAAUGCAACUGGACAGCCAACCGAGGAAACAGAAGCCGUAGAAUAGAAAAAUACUGCCUUUCCACACAUCCAGGACCCCAAAGAGAAGCAAGAGGAAACAUGACAAAUUGCCCCAAACUCUCACCCCAUUAUACACCUUUGAUUUCACAAACUUAAACGGAUGAAUUAUAGAUCCUAAAUGGAUGCUUAACCCUUUACUGCGUUCACUUAAAGUACAUGUUACUUUUUCCUCCCUAACUUGAGUAAAUAAUAAAGAAUAUUUGCAAAUAGUUUUAUAUCUUUGAAAGUACUUGUUGCCAAAUGGUAUGUGUGAAACUGGCGCCUGUUUAUUUGUAUUUUUUCUUUUUUUACUUAAAUAAUCUUUUCAUCCUCUUGAAGUUUGUAUUAUUCACAACUUUCAAGUAAAACUGAAGCUUACAAUGGCCAAUAAUGGAAGUGAAUCAGUCUGUAUUUCUGACAUUCAACAUCAGUGAAGGAUUAUAAGAUGUUACCAACAGAAACAUGGCUCAUGUUUGUAAACUCAAUAUUCCUCAGGCUUUGCAACCAUCUUGGAUUCCACUGUUGUUUGAAUGGGUUGGUUCGACUGAAUUGUUGCAAGUUGUUUCCAUUUGGCAAUAAAGUUGCAAGUUAUCUAAACUUGUUUAUAUGUAAACAAAGAUUUAUAGUGAAAAUGUGCCAGUAAAAAAUAUUUUAUUGGCUGGUUUAAGAGCACUUUUAUGAGUGAGAUUCACGUGAUGACAAGUUUAUUCAUCUAGUGCAUUAUGGAAAACUGACCUUUUUAGCAUUUUAAAACAUUAUGCAGUAAAGGGUUGAACUAUUAUUGUGAGCAAAGAAAUAAAUAAAUUGGCAAAUGACAGUAAUAACAAGGACUUCAGUAUAAAAGAUGGCUUUUGCGUCAGAGUUAAUGUUUGUUAGUGUUUAUGGUUAGUUUUCCAUCAUCAAGGCCUGACCACAUAUUUAGCGGUAACUACAGUGUUUUAACCACACUAUUCUUUUAAAGUAUUGACCUGAGCGAAAGACUGGAAUAUCAUUAAGGAUAAUAGCAAAAAACUUAAGUUGUAAUCAGCUUUACUUUAGGGAACAAAACUGCCACAUUUACUGCCAUUCCCUUGAACUUUAUGAAAAGAUAAAAUCGUAUAUGUUCCACUUUUGAAAACUUUUCUAUUAGUGACACCUGUUACUUGCUUUACUACGUCAUUGGUCUUGUGAAAUAUGAAAUUUAAAGCUGACCAUGUUUUAAAAAAGGGUUUUUUUAUGGGUGUUUUCAGUGGAAUGGACCAGUAAGAGAUCAUUUCAGGUCUUGAGUUUCAUUUCGAGGUCGGGGUCAGAUUUGUCAACCGCUGAACAUGUUGAGAAAAGUAAAAUUCUACUUUGUAGCUCAAUCAGUGGGCAAUGGAACUUUACAUCUAAUGAAAUAAAAACA